UGACAUGUGCGAAGCACCACCCGAAAAAGGGUAAUAUCGCACCCAAAACCUGUUUUUGAAGGCCCCCCUCCCUCGUGGCACUGGGUCGAACGUUUGUGGCGUGCAAAGAAAGGAAAGUUCCCACCUUUGAAGGAAAUAUAUUCCUCUCCAGUUCCAACACCACCCCCCAUCCAAACCACUUUCACCCUAACCACUGGGUAGCCAGAUUGAAGAUACACCGACCGUCUACUUGCCUUGUGAUCGAGAAGUCUUUAACUCUCCAAAAACCAUCCUCCUCCACCUCCCGAACUUGCCAGAGUCACGCCAAAAUGUCGGACGAUGCUGGGUUCUUCAAAAAGACGUCCGAGGCCGUCGCCAACGCCGGCGCCUCUAUCGCAGGCGCUGUUUCCGGGUCCCUGUCACUAGGCGCCUCGGCCAGCCACAAGAAGACAACCACGACGAAAACAAAGACUACCCUCCCCGCAGAACAACAACAGUACUACAUUGCAAACGGAGGGGCGGGACAGCCUCCCCAAGGACGCAUUACCAGUGGAGGAGUGGGCGAGCAGAAGAGGAUUACCUCAAAGGAGGCUGAUGCCUUGUAUCAGGAGCGUAUGGAGGACGAGUACGCGAAGAGGGAGGGCGGUGCUUGAAUACGGCGGGAACAACAGGUUCCUGGUGUCAGCUAGAACUGAGCCAGGGCAGAGCGCCGGACGGUUGUCAGGCGUCUCGAGCGAUUAUAGAUUAGGGCGUAGGGUUCCUCAACUCAGGAUUAUUCUGCUCGCCUUUUCGUGAGUGCAAAAGAUAUUUCUUCCAACCUGCUGAGCUCUUGGGUAGCAUUUCUGUACACUGUGUAGGGAUCCCAAUGCCGGGUUGAACACAUGAAAGGGAAGAUCGCAUCGAUAUCCCAC